AUGUGCCUCUAUUUGGCACUGUUUCAGUUCGCAGAACAGUACAACGCCGUCCUGCCAGGCACGCUGUCGUCAAUCGGAUAUGCUGGUGUCGCUGUGGUCGUCGUUUCGCUUUUGCUAAUUCCGGAACCGGUAGCCAGUCUAUGGGUCUCCUUCUCCAUCGUGUCGAUCAACGUCGGAAUACUCGGUUUUAUGACAUUUUGGAGUGUUCGACUUGAUUUCAUCAGCAUGGUUACGAUCGUCAUGUCCAUUGGCUUCUGUGUCGAUUUUGCUGCUCAUCUAGCUUACAAUUUUGCCAAGGGGCGUAAUUUGCCACCAUCAGAACGAAUGCGUAAUGCUCUGUAUGCUGUCGGAGCGCCGAUACUGCAAAGUGCCACUUCGACGAUUCUGGGCGUUUCAUUUCUCGCAUCUGCAGAAUCGUACGUCUUCAGGAGUUUCCUGAAGACCAUAUUCCUUGUUAUUGUAUUAGGAGUACUUCAUGGUCUUGUCAUUCUACCAGUCCUAUUGACAAUGUUCCAUUGCUCAUGGACCAACGAUGUGACCAACGAUGCAAAGGAACCUCCUCCAUCAACUAGCCAGAAAGAAAGGCCGUCAUCAUCACCUCCGGCUAAUAUGAAUGUGAAGUACCUCGCCAGUCCUGAUCUGUACAAAUUCCCAACACCUGAACUGCCUUUACCCUACGUAGAAUAUUUGAAAGACCUAGGUAGACCUCCCGCCUAUCAUGAGGCCUCUGCUCCAUAUCCUAUGCGAGCCCGACUGAAAUACCCGAAAAACCGUGAGCAUCCUUCCGAUCGCACACCUGAAUACUACUUCGGUGCCAAAGUUCAACCACGGUGA